GGUUCCCGAGUCCGUCCGGUCAUAAGACGAUUCCAAUUCUCUUCCGCACUGAAGCGUCAGAGUACCAUCGCCACGGUUGUCUCCGAUGACCGCAGCACGCACAAGAAGGUCAAAUCAACCUUUGUUGGUGUCAAGGGUGCCCCCGAAACCAUUAGGUCUAUGUUGAUCGACACCCCGCCGAACUACGAAGAGACCUUCAAGUAUUUCACUCGUAACGGUGCUCGUGUCCUUGCUCUCGCUUACAAAUAUCUCUCUCAUGAGGCUGAAUUUACUCGCGCUCGUAUCAACAACUACACCAGGGAAGAGGUGGAAUCUGACCUGAUCUUCGCCGGUUUCCUCGUCUUGCAGUGUCCCCUGAAGGACGACGCUAUCAAAGCCGUUCGUAUGCUUAACGAAAGCAGCCACCGUGUCGUCAUGAUCACUGGUGACAAUCCUCUGACUGCCGUGCACGUUGCUCGCCAAGUUGAAAUCGUGGACCGUGAUGUAUUGAUCCUCGACGCUCCCGAGCACGACACGUCAGGGACCAGGCUGGUCUGGCGCAGCAUCGACGACAAGCUUAAUAUUGAUGUUGAUCCCACCCAGGAUCUCGAUCGCCGUAUCUUGGAAACCAACGAUCUUUGUGUCACCGGCUACGCUUUGGCCAAGUUCAAGGACCAGAAGGCACUUCCAGACCUCCUUCGUCACACAUGGGUCUAUGCUCGCGUUUCCCCCAAGCAGAAGGAAGACAUUCUUCUUGGUCUCAAGGAUGCUGGUUAUACAACUUUGAUGUGCGGUGAUGGAACGAACGAUGUCGGUGCCUUGAAGCAAGCCCAUGUCGGUGUCGCACUCUUGAAUGGCUCCCCUGAGGAUCUCACAAAGAUUGCUGAGCACUAUCGGACAACGAAAAUGAAGGAAAUCUACGAGAAGCAGGUAGCCAUGAUGCAACGCUUCAACCAGCCGGCCCCGCCUGUGCCUGUGCAGAUUGCACACCUUUACCCUCCAGGCCCUAGCAACCCCCACUAUCAAAAGGCCAUGGAACGCGAAGCGCAGCAGGCGAUUCCCACCAUCACGUCUCCUGGUGCACGUGCCCUGCAGCAAUCUAAUUCCAGUUUGACUCCUAAUCAGCAGCGUCAGCAGCAAGCCUCCGUGGCAGCUGCCGGGUUUGCCGAUAAGCUUACUACUUCCAUGAUGGAGCAGGAGCUGGACGAGAACGAACCCCCGACCCUCAAGCUCGGUGACGCCUCUGUCGCUGCACCCUUUACCAGCAAAUUGGCAAAUGUCGUUGCUAUCCCCAACAUUCUUCGUCAGGGACGCUGCACACUGGUCGCAACAAUUCAGAUGUACAAGAUUCUUGCCUUGAACUGUUUGAUCAGUGCCUACAGUUUGAGUGUUAUCUAUUUGGAUGGUAUCAAAUUUGGUGACGGUCAGGUGACUAUCAGCGGUAUGCUGAUGAGUGUCUGUUUCCUGUCAAUCUCACGUGCGAAAUCUGUUGAAGGUCUGUCGAAGGAGCGCCCUCAGCCAAAUAUCUUCAAUGUGUACAUCAUCGGCUCCGUGCUCGGCCAAUUCGCCAUUCACAUUGCCACCUUGAUCUACCUGUCGAACUACGUAUACAGCAUCGAGCCGAGACAAUCCGACGUUGAUUUGGAGGGAGAGUUUGAGCCGUCGCUCCUCAACAGCGCCAUCUAUCUUUUGCAACUUAUCCAGCAGAUUUCGACAUUCUCGAUCAACUACCAAGGCCGCCCCUUCAGAGAGUCCAUUCGCGAGAACAAGGCUAUGUACUGGGGUCUGGUUGCGGCGUCGGGUGUCGCCUUUUCUUGUGCAACUGAAUUCGUGCCUGAAUUGAACGAGAAGCUACGCCUGGUUCCGUUCAGCACCGAAUUUAAGCUGACACUGACUGUUCUGAUGAUUAUCGAUUACGCGGGAUGCUGGCUCAUUGAGAAUGUGCUCAAAACGCUGUUCAGCGAUUUCCGGCCGAAGGAUAUCGCUGUGCGCCGGCCUGACCAACUGAAGCGGGAGGCGGAGCGUAAGCAGAAGGAGACUGGGCAGCAGUAG